CUGUGAGCAUCGACAUCACAACACACAAACCAUGCAGGCUGCUGAGGAGGCGAGCCUGUGCUGGCAGCAAUCUCCCAUUGAUGGACAGAGAAAUAACAGGAUAAAUGCUGACAGCAAACCUUGCGAGUAAAAACACUAGAAGCAGCGUCAGCUUCAGAGAAUCCUACUGCUACGUCAGAGGCAGCGGUAUAGUGGCAUUCAAUACAAGGCGCGCUGACAGGACCAGCGUCAGGCAGCCGUUCUCACUCUGCUCCCCAAGGACGGCAGCUCUGGGAUGGGCUGCUCCUCUGGACGCCAGCCCCCGGCUUCUGUCCUUCACCCAGACCUGGACUUUGGCAACACCAGUGAGGCCAACACCUCACCCCAAGACUCCGACAACCGAAACCAGAGCCUGAAUGGCUGCGGAGAGGGAGCCGACGGGGAGGACAGCCUCGGGCGGGGGCAAGCCAGACCCCCGGAGUCCCUUCACACCCUGGAGAGGCUCGCCCAGGCAACGGGCGGCACGGAAAAGUCCUGGUACCGCUGCGUCUUCCCGUUCGGCGUGAUAUCACUCGUGAUAGGCAUGGCGGGCACCGGGGUGACAUUCACCUUCAACACCCUGCCCCAGACUAAAGUGGUGUCGGUCGCACUGCUGUGCAGCGGCGUGGUGAUGCUGCUUGUGGCGGCCGUUUGUUGGAGGGCCCACAGACUGAGAAGACGGAAAAAGAAGGAAAGUGGAUUCUUCACUGCUGAUCAGGGCACUUUGUGACGGAGCGGGGACUUCUGCUGGACUGUCACAGAGCUGUAGAUGGGUUUCCACUCAGCACUCACUGAUGAAGACUUGAACGACGCUGGUAUUAUUUAGACGGGGGUGCUUUGACAGAUAGUAUCAAGUAUGAAGUCACUUCUCUUAUUGUUAUUGAGGAGUAACAACUCAAAGAUUUCCUGAUGUGAUACCCCAGCAAAAUAACAGUAUAAACACAGAUUUAGUUGUAGUUUGUGUAUUCUUAGUCAGCUGCUGUACAGACAUUCCACCCCAGUAAGAGUGAUGGGUGGUGCCUCUGUGCAACUAUCAUUUUUCUUUACCGGAACCGUCUCCAAGUCAACAAAUCUGUCUUUCUGCAAGAGCAUGCAGCAGCAACAGGUGUGGGAGGCGCUGUGCUGCCGUAUUUGAUUUUGGCUUCUCCUUAAAAAGACUUAAACAAUUGUAACUGUAUGCAUUGACAUUUUUGCGUUUUUGAAAACUCUUAACUUCUUAAAACCUUGACCCCGGUAACUGCCCCAUGACGAGUUAAGAACAGAGACAGGAGCGUGUUUCUGGGUACUCCUCUCCCGCUGCCCACUUUGGGUUUGAGGAAUGCUUUCAACAAAGGCGCCUCAGGAGUAGCAGUUUAUUAUGUCAUUAUUUUCUCCCUGAAGCUUCACGUGAGACAGAACAAUAACCUUUGAACAUGUACUGCCAAGAGUAGAAAACCCCACCGGUCAAAUCCAGUCUUUGUGCUCCGGUUUGACAGUUUGAAUGUGCAGCUGGUUAAGGAAGGAAAAGCAGCGUCUUUUUUUUUUCUUUCACUACUAAUGGAGCUGAAUUGUAACAAGAGCUCAUAAUGGCAACAUUACUUCACUGCUAAAUGAGUUUCCUUUCACUGCAGGGCAGUGAGUUUUCCUCCAUGGUCUACUUAGAGUGCAGUGGUUCAUUAGAAGAAAGCAAACACUUUUGGUCAGGUUUUUUUAUUUAAUUUAUAUUUUACAUUUACAGAUGUCAUAAAAUUUGGCAAAACAAUAUGCAAUACUCAGCGAGUUAACUUUCUCUGCAAAAUUAUUCACGUACAACUUUCUGUCUACAGUGUAGUUUCCUCCGUCCAUUGUCUCUAGCCACUUGUUCUAACCGGGUCGCUGGUGCCUACCUCCAGUGGUCAGUGGAUAAGAGGCCUGGUACACCCUGGACAGGUCACCAGUCCAUCACAGAUCAGUCAAACAAGCAUUGCCUUUAUCUCUCGUCAUCCAUCUUAACUCUCAAGUAACAGGCUUUUAGCAUUACUGGAGCUUUUAAUCUAGUCGCUAAUGAUUUAUACAGUCUAUAUGGCAAAUCCCACUACAGAUGUGUCUUACUGAGUUCAAACUGAUAAACAGAAUGUGGAUUUCUCCCCCAAUGUUUUUACCUAAUGAGGGAACUUAAUGAAUUUUUCUCUUCAAGUCUCACUUUUUUAAAAAAAAGUUCUCAUUCUGGUUGCGGUUCAUUUUCUUGAUAUAUUUUUAGCUAGGCUAAACUCGUCAUUGGUCGUUAUCGUAAGUUUGUUUAUUAAAUAGCAGCUUGCUACUAAAAUGGUCUACUCUUUUUUAACUUAAGUCUCAUUCACAAAACAACUUUGUCUUUUAGUCGCAACAAACUGGUAGUUUGCAAUUCACAAAAACAAGGAGCACACUCAAGAAGCUGUACUCAGUGCAGUUAAAGUAAGUGAAACCUAUUAUGAACUAAAUAAUAACUAAUAAAUAAAUGAACCAUCAGUACAGUGGAAGACACUACUCAUAGUUAAAGUCCCUCAAAUGACGCUCCGCAUCGAGGCAUUCCUGGUGUGUUUUCGCCUUAAAUCCUUCAGUCGGUGUGUCACAUCCUGGAGAAAAACCGACAAACCUUUUCAUAAGUCAACCUGUACAUCAUGAGCUAAUGCUUACAAUGUGCUUAGUAUCUCUCCAAAGUUAAAAAUGAAUAUAAAUCCUACCAGUUAGCAUUUAUAGUAAAUGUGGGCCACAUUCUGUAUAAAUAACAAUAGUAAAGCCAAUGAGCAUCUAGCUAAUUUAGCUAACGUGAAACAAUUUACUAAAUUGUUCCACGAUGCUAAACGUGAAACAUAAGUACCUACCUUACUUACCUAUAAUAAUAAUACACGUAAGUAUUUUGUACAAGAACCUGACUGACCUGUGAAGAAAGAGUGAAAUCCUGCUCUGUUCUUGUCGGGCUAAUAUGUAGCAUUCAAGCUAGCCGAAACAGCUAUGGUAGCAUACGGUCACUGCCAGCAGUAACGGGGAUUUGAGAUAGACUCAGCAGUAUCACAUGAGCUCCAGAGUUUUAUUUUAUGGAUGUUGUUGGAUAAAUAUUUUCUCUCUGAUCUCAUCUUUUGCAUGAAAUGUUAGCAUUUGUGGAGAAGCAGCUAGUUCUGUGUGUUAUUUGCAGUUUCUUUGAAUUUAUUUAUGGUUUGUUACAAAUCUGUGUGGUAUAAAUGGAAUUUAUUUGAUGACAGUAGUUGUUUUUUUUUUAGACUGGGUGUUCCUACAAAUUACAUAUCAUGGAUCUAUUGUACUACUUAUUAUCCAUAAGAGUGUAGCCACGUUUAUGAAUGUCUCCUUAACAGUGUCUUAUUAUCAUUCUUGUAUAAAGAGUAAAAACCCUGUGUAUUUUUAAGUGGAAAUAUAUUUUGUAAUGUAGAGAAUAUAUUUGAGGCCUUUCACUGCUAUCCUUAUAUUUCUAUUUAGGAUGUCUGGUUGUAAUGACUGUAAAUUUGUUCAUCUGAAUGUUAAAUACACGUCUCAUUCCAAAAAUGUGAAUCUGCCAUUCCACUCAACUGCUGCAUAGAAAUAUGAAGACUUUCAUUUGCAUGGAGGCCAUAAUUACACGUCUUUAUUUACUUCAGAGACGAGGAACUUUUGAACAUUUUAGUUUUAGAAUGAAACACAUCAGUGGGUUGUUGUUAGCUUGCUUUGAGUCUAGCAGCAUGGUCAAGCUUAUCUCUCAGUGCCUUUUUUCUUGCUAUGUAAAAUGUUCUACGUGAAGUGCAGUUAUUUGUGAAGGCCGACCGGUGCCGGUGUUAGAGUAGCCCAACAGAGAGGCAGAAAUACCGCGGUGUAUCCAGUAAAAGUCGGGUUCAAGUCGGUGGAAGUGAACUGGUGUGCAUGAAGUUACUGUUGGAUGUGGUUUCUUUGGUCCAACUGCCUGAAAUCCCAAAAAUAUUAAUCAAGAAGUUUAUUUUUGCGUCUCUCAAAUGUCUGUAAAAUUGUAAAUUUUUUCUUGUUCACUGUUGUUCAAAGCACAUAAUUAAAUCCAAGGUUAGUUUUUGGAAGCA